AUGGAGAAGUUCCUUUAUCCACAGUUGGAAAGCAUUUCCCAUGAAUCUUGUGGUGCCGUUUGCUGGUUUCACAGUUUGAAACUAGUGCAAAGAAAAUUAUUGCAAUAUGAAAAAAAUGCGGAUUCCUGGCGAACUUAUCUUUUAACAAGAAACUUGACGCUAAGCCUGGAGAUUGGUGAUAAUUGGCUGGAACAAGUUCAUACUCGAAGUGCUUCAUUUCCGCAUUCAAGUGUAAUUAGAAAAUCUGAAAACGAUUCUUAUUAA